GAAAAAAAUGUAUCCCGUCGAUGGCGUCCGUUCUCAGCUCGAGUGGAACUCGGAGCUCAGCCUCAACACUGUCACCCCAACAGAGACAACAAAGUUCUUGCGCAAGACCUCCAUCAUCGCGACUAUCGGCCCCAAGGUCAACACUGUCGAGAAGCUUACUGAGCUCGUCCGCGCCGGUGUCAACAUCGUGCGCAUGAACUUCUCCCAUGGUUCCUACGAGUACCACCAGAGCGUCAUUGAUAACACCAGAGCCGUCCAAGCGAACGAUCCCAAGGGCCGUCCCAUCGCCAUCGCCCUUGACACCAAAGGACCAGAGAUCCGCACUGGCGUGACCAAGGAGGGGAAGGACUGGCCCGUCUCCGCCGGCCAGGAAUUCAUCGUUUCGACGGAUGAACGGUACGCCGAAGCCUGCGACAGCCAGGUUAUGUAUGUCGACUAUGCCAACCUCCCCAAGGUGACCGCACCCGGAAAGUUGAUCUAUGUCGACGACGGUAUCCUCUCCCUCCUCGUCCUCUCCGUCGAUGGCAAGAACAUCCAUGUCCGCGCCUUGAACAGUGGAAACAUCUCUUCCCGAAAGGGUGUCAACCUCCCCAAGACCGACGUCGACUUGCCUGCUCUCUCCGAGAAGGACAAGAAGGAUCUUGAGUUUGGUGUCAAGAAUGGCGUUGACAUGAUCUUUGCCUCGUUUAUCCGCAAGGCUGAAGACGUCCAGGACAUCCGAACUGUCCUCGGUCCUGACGGUGCCAACAUCAAGAUCAUCGUCAAGAUUGAGAACGAGCAGGGUGUCGCCAACUUUGACGAAAUCCUCAAGGAGGCUGAUGGUGUCAUGGUCGCCCGUGGUGACCUUGGUAUCGAAAUCCCUGCCAGCCAGGUCUUCCUUGCCCAAAAGAUGAUGAUUGCCAAGUGCAACAUUGUCGGCAAGCCUGUCAUUGUUGCUACUCAGAUGCUCGAGUCCAUGACGUACAACCCUCGACCCACUCGUGCCGAAGUCAGCGAUGUUGCCAACGCUGUCCUUGAUGGUGCUGACUGCGUCAUGUUGUCCGGUGAGACCGCCAAAGGCAACUACCCCAUCCAAUCAGUGUUGAUGAUGGCCGAGACCUGCCUCCUCGCCGAAUCCUCCAUCUGCUACCCUCCCCUCUUCGACGACAUCCGUGCCAUCCAACCCCGACCCACUGCUACCGCCGAGACCGUCGCUAUCGCUGCUGUCGCCGCUGCCAGUGAGCAGGGUGCCAAGGCCAUCCUUGUCCUCUCCACCAGCGGUAACACUGCCCGCCUGGUAUCCAAGUACAAGCCCUCUGUGCCCAUCAUCACCGUCACCCGCAACCAACAAACGGCAAGGCAAAUCCACUUGCACCGUGGCUGCUAUCCAUUCUGGUACCCCGAGCCUCGCGGCAUCGAGGCUCACCAAUGGCAGACUGAUGUCGACAACCGUAUCCGGUAUGGUCUCCGCAACGCCUUGGCUCUGCACCUCAUCACCCCCGGUUCAACCGUCAUCGCCGUGCAAGGCUGGAAAGGCGGCUUGGGCCACACCAACACCCUCCGUGUGCUCUCCGUUCCGACCGACCCUGCCGACCUCGAACUCCAACCGUUGGGAGCUUAGACGAUCAUCCUUCCUCAUUCAUGGACUAUUGAAACUGAAAAUAAAAGCUUUCGCCAUUCUACUCGCUCUUUCUCCAGGCUCUAUACUUCGAUGCUGCUGCUGUAUCUGUACAAUCAACCACUUUUUUCGUUCC